CGAAAGAAGAAGAAGAAAAUAACGAAAGGAAAAAAAUGUGUCGGUUCGCGUACGCCCUCGCGUUGCUUCUGUCGGUGGUCGACUGCCUGCAGACCAGCGGCGUGACGAGGGGGGGCAGCGGUAUCCAAAUAGGGACCAGCGAUCGCAGCGCUUUCGGAAAGGCGACGGGAUACGGGGGACGCGGCCACUCGGGCGUGAAACUCGGCGAGGCGAGGUUCCCCAACUCGACGAGGCAGAGGCCGUACACCACCCCGUCCACGACCACCACCUUCACCUACGCGCCACCUUCGACCGACAAGAACGGGUACAACAGCACCUUGAAGGUGGGCAUGAUGGUUCCUCACAAAUCGUUCGAGGUAAGGGAGUACACGAAGGCGGUGACUUCGGCUAUCCACACGUUGCAGAAAAGCACGAAGGGCCGGAAAUUGAGGCUUUUCGAGCGGUACGACAUCCACGUGAAGGUGGCGAUGAAAUCGCUCACGCCCAGCCCGACCGAGAUCUUGAAAUCGCUGUGCAACGACUUCCUCCCGAAAAACGUGUCGGCCAUCUUGUACCUGAUGAACUACGAGACGUACGGGCGCAGCACGGCCAGCGCCCAAUACUUUCUGCAGCUGGCCGGUUACUUGGGGAUUCCGGUGAUCGCUUGGAACGCGGAUAACUCGGGAUUGGAGAGAAGGGCGUCGCAGAGUAAUCUGCAGUUACAGCUGGCGCCAUCGUUGGAGCACCAAACGGCCGCUAUGCUGAGCAUCCUGGAGAGGUACAAAUGGCACCAAUUCAGCGUGGUCACCUCGCAGAUAGCCGGCCACGACGAUUUCGUGCAGGCGGUCCGCGAGAGGAUAUCCGAGAUGCAGGACACAUUCAAGUUCACGAUAUUGAACGCGAUCCUGGUCACCAAUCCGCACGACCUGAUGGAGCUGGUUAACAGCGAGUCGAGGGUGAUGCUCCUCUACUCGACCAGGGAGGAGGCCAUCUGGAUACUGAGCGCUGCCCACGAUUACAAAAUCACGGGGGAGAAUUACGUGUGGGUGGUGACGCAGAGCGUGAUCGAGAAUCUGCAGACGCCCAGCCAAUUCCCAAUCGGGAUGUUGGGUGUGCAUUUCGACACGAGCACGGAAAGUCUGGUGAACGAGAUCACGACAGCUGUGAAAGUUUACGCGAACGGAGCUGAGAACUUCUUGAACGAUCCGGCGAACAAGGAUCACACGCUGAACACCAAGCUGAGCUGCGAGGGAAGGGAAUCCCGCUGGAACACCGGAGAUCUGUUUUUCAAAUACUUGAAGAACGUGUCCGUGGAGGGGGACCAGGGGAAGCCCAACGUCGAAUUCACCCAAGAUGGCGUUCUCAAGUCGGCCGAGCUGAAAAUCAUGAAUCUCCGCCCCGGGUUGAGCAAACAACUGGUCUGGGAGGAGAUCGGCGUGUGGAAAUCGUGGGAGAAGGAGGGGUUGGACAUCAAGGACAUCGUCUGGCCAGGGAACACUCACACGCCGCCCCAAGGCGUGCCGGAAAAGUUUUAUCUGAAAAUAACCUUCUUGGAGGAGCCGCCCUAUAUCAAUCUCGCGCCCCCGGAUCCCGUAAGUGGAAAAUGUCUGAUGGAUCGUGGCGUUCAUUGUCGCGUGGCCAAGGAUUCCGACAUGGUCGAGAUGGACACGCAAUCGGCCCAGAAGAACGAGAGUUUUUUCCAGUGCUGCAGCGGAUUCUGCAUCGACCUUCUGCAAAAGUUCUCCGAGGAGAUCGGGUUCACUUACGAGCUCGUCAGAGUGGAAGACGGGAAAUGGGGCACGCUCGAGAACGGGAAAUGGAACGGUUUGAUAGCCGAUCUGGUGAAUCGGAAAACAGACAUGGUAAUGACAUCUCUGAUGAUCAAUUCGGAAAGAGAGGCUGUGGUUGAUUUCACGGUGCCGUACAUGGAGACCGGUAUCGCCAUCGUGGUGGCCAAGAGGACUGGUAUAAUAUCCCCCACUGCCUUCCUUGAACCAUUCGACACCGCGUCCUGGAUGUUAGUCGGGAUCGUAGCCAUACAUGCGGCCACGAUAAUGAUACUUCUGUUCGAAUGGUUGUCACCAUCCGGUUUCAACAUGAAGGUAAACCCUUCAGACGCUGCGCAGAAACUAUUGAAGAAUCCAUCGCCCAAUCAUCGGUUCUCCUUUUGCCGGACGUACUGGCUGGUCUGGGCCGUAUUAUUUCAGGCAGCCGUCCAUAUCGAUUCUCCCAGGGGAUUCACAGCCAGAUUCAUGACAAACGUGUGGGCGCUAUUCGCCGUGGUGUUUCUCGCCAUUUACACUGCCAACCUGGCCGCCUUCAUGAUCACGAGGGAGGAGUUUCACGAGUUCACGGGCGUGGAUGAUCACCGUUUGGCCAAACCGUGGUCCCACAAGCCUAUGUUCAAGUUCGGUACGAUACCUUGGAGCCAUACAGACAGCACGUUGGCCAAAUACUUCAAGGAGAUGCACACGUACAUGAAGGAGUUCAACAAGAGCAGCGUGGCCGAGGGGAUCGAGGCGGUUAUCAGCGGAGAGAUGGACGCGUUCAUCUACGACGGAACGGUCCUCGACUAUCUGGUUGCGCAGGACGAGGACUGCCGAUUGCUAACCGUUGGAUCCUGGUACGCCAUGACCGGAUACGGCCUCGCCUUCUCCAGGAAUUCCAAGUACCUGCAGAUGUUCAACAAACGUCUCCUCGACUACAGGGACAACGGGGACUUGGAACGGCUGAGGAGGUACUGGAUGACUGGGACGUGCAAGCCGGGCAAAGAGGUGCAAAAGAGCAGCGAUCCCCUGGCGCUCGAGCAAUUCUUGUCCGCCUUCCUUUUGUUAAUGAUGGGGAUCCUUCUGGCCGCCGCCUUCCUACUUUUGGAACAUUUGUACUUCAAAUACGUGAGGCAGCACCUGGCGCGAAGCGACGGAGGCGGUUGCUGCGCGCUUUUCAGCCUGAGUAUGGGAAAGUCGCUGACGUUCCGCGGGGCGGUGUACGAGGCGCAGGAUAUCCUGAGGUACCACAGGUGCAGGGAUCCGAUAUGCGACACGCAUUUGUGGAAGGUGAAGCACGAGUUGGACAUGGCCAGGAUCAGGAUCAGGCAAUUGGAGAAGGACCUGGAGGCGCACGGGAUAAAACCUCCCCAAGCCAAAUUCAUCGACGCGAUCGACGUAGCCAGACCCAGGGACAUGACCAGGAACCAUGUGGUCAGCACGGAAUACGCCAGCAAAUUUUUACCCCCUGAGAUCUACAGGAGCCCCGAGGACGGCGCGGCCAGGACGGAAAUCGCCGAAAUGGAGACAGUUCUGUGAUCGUAGAGAGCCGGCCACGAUUGCCCACCACGUCAGCGCGAUCAUAAGCGUCCCUGCGGAGCGGAAAAACUCUCCAUUUUUCGACAACGAGUUUUUGCCUCGUCGUCGUCGUCGAGGUCUCUCCAUCCCUCGAAAAGAAAGCUUCGAGAGGGAGGGAAUCGGUUGAUGGGAGAAAGAAGGAGAGGAAAAUGGUUCGUCGCACGAGAAGGAACUUCGUUCAGUGCCUAUGAGAAACAUCGAGAUCUACGAUCAUUCUUCUCAAUAAGAAAAAAGGAAGAAAUUGGGGGAGGAGAGAGAGAGAGAGAGAGGAAAGAAGGAAAGAAAAUUUUCCACGACCACGUUCUUCUUCCGAAAAAUAAACGAGGCGUCCUUCUUUGUCACGGGAAGCAGUGUUACACGUUGCGACAUCGUGUUGAGGACGCUCGAAAUUGUUGUUUUCGAGGCGGUAUUUCUUCUUUUUUUUCUUUCUUUCUUUCUUUCUUUCUUUUUCUUUUCGUCUCCUUCCGGAUUUUUUUGAAGAGAUUCGAGAGAAGAACGAUCCGAAGUAUCGCGAAAACGUGUGCUCUCUGUGCUGGGAAAAGAGAAAAAGUGUCGGUUUAAGAAAGAUCGAUUGUAUUUUUAACAUGGAAGAGGAGAAAGUUAAGUGCGAGAUAUCGUUCAUUGUUUGAACACGUUAAUCGCUUGAUCACAUCAUACGUUUUCUUGUUCGAUGGACAGGUGUCGCUUGGUUUGGCGAAAAUUUUGAAAUUUGCGCAAACACGAGAAAUCUGUGAAAAUGUUUUCCUCCGUGAUUCAAAUUCUUCGCAAUUUUUCGACAUUGAUUUGCGAAUUUAUCGAUAACCGUUCCAAUUGCCUCGAUUUUUCCAACAGAAUCGUAUUUUUGAAUCGCGACCCGAAUAGUCGAGAACAUUAUUUAUUUCUUUCCUUUUUUUUCUGAGAAAUUCGCAACGAGGAGGGGGAGGGGGGAAAAAGGAAAGAGGCGAAAAGGCGUAACUUAUAUUCAGGCAGCAUCAAUGCAAUAGAUAGAUAAUGAAAAUUCCUAGAUCUUUUGAGAAUCUCGUUAAAAAAA